GAUUUAGUGGGGACUGAUCUUCCAGGCUUUUUGGAAAGACUCCGCAACAGCACUUUUAACCUCCUAGGUAGAAUAGUUGCAUCACCUGCAACUAUUUCUACUAUUGUUAAUAUUCUAACAAAUGUUGCAAAUGUGUCCCGAAGUACCCCAAUAAACAAACCAUUGAUGAAGAAUUUCCUGGAAACGGCAGGUGUACUUACUUCCAAUGAAGCAAAAACCUCCUGGGGUGAUCUAAACAAAAACCUCACCAAAAACGAAAGCUCAGCCUUUCUGGGAACCAUUGAAACAAUUUCCAAUUUCCUUACCGAUGACUUUUUUGACAUAGAAACGCAAGGCAUUAAUUUAAACAAAACCACAGUCAACAACUCAGUCAACAACUUAUUCAAUUUAAACUCGUCUGUYCUGAUAGACAUACCAGCAUCUGAAGCUUCCUUCAAUUCAAUCACCAUAAUAACAUUUGACUCCUUGUAUAAUGUUUUACCUGCCAGAAACAGCAGCAGUCGGAACAACAGUGUCAACACCAUCAACGGAAAAGUGGUUCUGGUGAAGGUGAAUGGCACAAUCAAGAAUGUGACUUUCCGUUUUGACGUACUGAACAAGACACUGGCCAAUCCUCAGUGUGUUUUCUGGAACUUCAACCUUUUUGACGGCCUUGGAGGAUGGGAUGAUAAAGGAUGUGAACUGCAGUCUGAUAAGAAGUCAGACACUGUCACCUGUCACUGUAAUCAUCUCACCUCCUUCUCCAUUUUGAUGUCGCCUUCCAUUCCAGGUGUGUUAAGAGUCGCUUUGGAUCUUAUCACUUACAUUGGAGUUGGCAUAUCAAUGGGUUGCUUGGUUGUGUGUCUCAUCAUUGAGAUGUUGGUAUGGAAGGCUGUGACUGGAAACAACACAUCUUACAUGCGUCAUGUCUCUAUAGUGAACAUCGCCUUUUCCCUUCUGAUUGCUGACAUUUGGUUCAUUAUUGGUGCAGCAAUUUCCGACAAUGAAAAAAAAGAUCUACCUGCGUGUUCCACAGCAACAUUUUUCAUCCACUUUUUCUACCUGGCUCUGUUUUUCUGGAUGUUGGUCUCAGGCCUUUUGCUGCUCUACCGGACUGUCAUGGUUUUCUCUCACAUGUCUAAACCAGCAAUGUUGGCCAUCAGUUUUUCUUUGGGCUAUGGAGCUCCCCUCAUCAUUGCUGUCUUAACUAUCGCAGUGACAGCCCCAGGGAAACAAUACAUUAGAGGGAAWGAUGKGGUUUGCUGGCUCAMCUGGAMAGAGUCAAWGGCCCUUCUGGCUUUUGUGAUCCCUGCCCUGACCAUAGUGGUCAUCAACCUUUUGAUCYUGAUUGUGGUUCUGUUCAAAAUGCUGAGGAGAGGUGUGGGGGAUGUUACCCAGCCAGAUGAGAGAAAUGCUUUGGUGGUCAUCGCCAGGUGUCUGGCCAUUCUGACUCCCUUCUUUGGUACUACCUGGGGACUAGGAGUAGGAACCAUGACUAMASCAAACAAUCUAGGAAUCCAUAUUGUGUUUGCGAUCUUCAAUUCCUUACAGGGUUUGUUCAUCUUGGUAUUUGGAACACUUUUGGACAAAAAGAUCCGGGAAGCUCUGACAGGAAGGUCACACGUGUCCUCCAACCGCACAAGGACCACAAGUGCUGCAACAUCAUCGUCAAGUGGUUUGGGAUUUUUCCGGAUACGGARGAGAAAUGUUUUCAACGUUUCAGCAGCUCCAACAUCCAGCACUACUGGUGCAUCAGAGACUUUCAUCAACACUUAACUCAAUGCAACAAAUGUGAUUAUUAUGAAAUAACCUGACAAUCAAAAGGUGUUGACACACAUCAUCAGUUGACGCACUAGGUUACAGUAGCUAACACCUUGAAUGUGACCUURAAGUGACUGCCACUAAGAUCUGACCCCAGCUCACAGUGACGUCAUUAGGGGUUAUGUCUAACACAAAGCGAUUCAUUCUGAACUAUAUGGUAUUUGAACUUUUUAUCGGGAUUGUUUAGUAUUAUAUUGAAUAACAUGAUUAUUGUUUUUUUGGGGUGUGGGGGUGUUUAAAUAAGAGUAUUACUGUGUAAAUGGAUUAAUCAGCUAACAUGAAGAAUGGAGAUUGUUUCUGAAAUAACACAUUACAUUCUCUCUUUGAAUAAUUCA